GCUUGCGCGGCGUUCAGUCUGUAGAAAGCUAUCGGCCGGUUUAGCGUCUAGUCCUCGCAAGUUUCGUUCCGCUCGUAAUUUCUCUCUGACUCGUGGUGUUAGUGCACUUUUUUUUGAAAACUUGCAAUUUUAUGAUAGCUAGAAUCUCCUAGCUGUAAAAUUCAGCCUCGAUUGAUAAUUUCCGGUCUGAUUUUGUGCUUACAAGUAUUUAGUGAGUUGAAAAGCAUCUAACUGUUAAAAGUGAAAAAAGAUGGCAGCCGUCAGUUUUGAUGAGAAAGUACUUGCCGCAAAGUCUAUCAUUUGCGAUAUUGAAGGUACCACAUCUUCCGUCAGCUUCGUUAAGGAUGUUCUGUAUCCUUACGUACUGAAAAAUGUCGAAGAAUACCUAAAGACGCACUGGAGCGAUGAUGCGACAAAAACGGUUGUCGCUGCGUUGCGUGAACAAGCGGAAGAGGACAAGAAAGCCGAGGUCGAAGGUGCUGUGACUAUCCCUGCUGAGGACUCCGAGGAUAUCAUCGCCGAUGUAGUGAAGAACGUCGAAUGGCAAAUGUCUCUGGAUCGUAAGACCGGUGCACUGAAAACUCUGCAGGGUCUGGUUUGGGCUGAGGGUUACAACGAUGGAUCCAUAAAGGGACAUGUUUACGAUGACGUCUCCAAAGCAUUCGAACAAUGGACGGAAGCGGGUCGCAAAAUCUAUAUCUAUUCUAGUGGAAGUGUUGACGCACAAAAGUUGUUGUUCAAGAACAGCGAACAGGGAGAUCUGGUAAAGUAUUUGGCCGGUCAUUAUGAUACUAAAAUUGGUGCCAAGCAAGAAAAGGACAGCUACGAGGCCAUCCUCAAGAAUAUUGAGGUCUCCGCUGAGGAGGCCCUCUUUCUGACCGACGUCAUUGCAGAGGCUAAAGCUGCUAAGGAAGCCGGUCUGAAUGUUGUUGUCCUGGACAGACCCGGCAAUGCCGAACUGUCCGACGAUGACCGCAGCGCAUUUACCGUAAUCUCAUCGUUUACCGACAUCCCUAUUGAGUCGGCCGAAGAAACCACGAACGGCGCUGGCAAGCGCAAAAUCGACGAAACUGCCCAAGACGACGAAGCUCAGCAACCCCCAUCCAAGCUGGUAAAAGUCACAGCGACUGCGGAGAACGAUACCAGCAAAGUGAAUGGCAAAGCCGUUGAGGAGGAAGGAUCCUCUGAGCAGCAGAUGGAUGUUGAUGCUGAGACGACUGAUGGUGGCUCAAAUGAAAAACAAUCCGUUGUAGCAACCCUUGCAACUGAAAAGACUGAAAGCGAAAUUAAAAAAUCUCCAGAUGUGGAAGAAAACACAGAGGUCAGUAAAACUGAUAAACAGGAAGAGGACGCCAAGCGAGAGGAACCCGUUAUAAACGAGAAGACAGAGGAGAAAACAGAUAAGGUAGAUGACAAGACCGUUGAAACUGCGAAACCGAAAUCGAACACCGACGCGGAAACGAUGGAUAUUGACGAAGAAGAUGGCUCCGCCAAAGAAGAAGCUCCCAAACAGAGUGCUAUAGAGAAAGAAGUUGCUGAUACAACAAGUAACACUACAGUUUCCAAUAAUAUCCCGAAAGACACCACGGUAGAAGAGAAAGAUUCUGCGCCGAUUGCUGCUGAAUCAACCGAAUCGGUAGUUACUGAUAAAAUGGAAGAAACUGUGCAAACCAAGGCAGACACUGGUGCAUCGGUCGUAACAUCAAGCAAUGAAAAACCAGUCGAAAAAAUGGAGGCUGAUUUGGUUGAUUCAACCGAGGUGGUACCAGAAGCUUUGGAGCAAAAUAAAAAAGAUAAUGCACCAGUUGACAGCACUAAAGAAGAGGAAAAGCCUAACAAACUUGCACCUAAAGAUACACAAUCGGAAGAAGUUUCUGUUGAAAAAGAAAAAAAUAAAACUAUCGAUGAUCCCAUGGAAGAUGAAAAGAUAACAAAAGAGAUUAAUUCGGCUGAUGACAAGGAAAAACCAACGCAACCAAUCGAGGAAACAAAAGUUGUUGAAGAAUCUGCUCGUACGGAAACUUCAGAUGAAGAACCCAAGCAGGUUAAAGAGGUGGAAAAAUCAGUCGAAAGCAAAGUUGUUUCUGAGUCCGUUGAAGUCAAGACCGACGAAACAAAACCCGAAACUAUGGCAGUUGAGGUCGUCUCAGAAAGCAAGGGUGUCGAAUCAACGACAGCUGAACCAGUUGAGGAAGUUGCAGUUGAAGCGAAAGAGGAUGCUAUGGAAACCGAUUCGCCUAUUUGUGCCACACCAGAAGUCCAAACAGCGAAUAAAUCGGAAGCAACUACCGAACAAAAUGAGGCAACAGAAAAUAAGUCUGAAGAGCCAAAAUCGUCUAAUCCAGAUGCAGCGACCGCCGAAGAACAAACGUCAGAAAAGGAGGAGGUUUCCACUACUACUGCCACCGUAGAAAAUGGAACACAUCAAAAUGGUGUCGCCAAGCUUGUUAAUGGAAAGGAUGUGGCCCGAGUGCCAGAGAACGGUGAAGCUAAUACUACAGAAAGCACCACCAAUGGAACAAACGGAAAUCACGACGAAAAAAGUGACAGUGACAAAGAAAACGACACAUCGUCUACGAAUGUGGAAGAAACGGACGCAACAGUAACUAACAGCAACGAAAACGGUACAACCAACAGCAGCAAUCCUAAUACAACCAGCGCCACCACCACCACCUCCUCGUCUGACCUAGUGACCGAGAUCAAGUCCAAAAAGGUGAUCGAUGUUGGUGCCAGCACCCCUACUCCACCGAUCGAGGCGGAAUCGUAAAUUGUCGCUAAUGUUAAAAACAAAAUAACUCCGUUGAUAAGUAGAUAAAAGAACUGUCUGUCGUGAGUACGAUAUUUCCCUAAGAGUAGGACAAGCAAAGUAGAACCACUUUGUAUUCUUAAGGAGGAAAGUAAAUAUUAAUUACAUUUUUAUAUAAAUAUUUAUACUAUAGACAACAGGCAGGAAUACUAACCUUUUUCUCCAAACUGUAGAGACUAUACUUUCCAGUUUUUUUUUAUAAAAUAAACAACGCAUCAAAGAGAAUUACUGAUUGUAAAAGUACACGACUUUUAAGAUUAUUUCGAGCAAUAGAAACAAUAAUAGACAGGAUAGACGAUUUGUGCAUUUAAAACAAUGAUAGCAAGAAAGGUAACAUCAUACGUUUGUACAUGGGCAGAACACAAUAUUCAUCCUCCCAGCACACUAGCACAGGUUGGAAACUAGAAACAAAUCAAAUGACACUGACGGUAGUAUACAGGAUUUUAUUGACUUAUUUUGUGAUGUCGUUAUUUUAUAUCAGUUUUCUUGUAAUAGACCUUUACCAAUACUAUGAAUGCUGUUGUGUUUUCUAACUCAGUUUUGGAUCAUUUUUUUGCCAUUCUAGAACUAUGACUAGUUAAUCUUCGAAGGGUACAGAAACUCUGCUGUAUUUACGAUACACUUGUCUUCCUACGGGUCGAACGACGGCACAUACGAUGACACAAGACUAACCAGCAAUCAUAGUUCCUCGAAUUAUUUUUAAAAACUAACUGAAUACCAACCACCCUUCGAGGAGAGUCAGAGACUGUUUUUAUGAGUGCAUGCAGCACUUGCAACUGACUGCCAAACAUUUCUCAAUCAUCACUCAAAUAAUUAAUAAAAAAAUCACUAGUGUCUGGAACAUUCCUCAUACAUAAGCAUAAUAGGUGCUUGUUUGAAAAAAAAAACGAAAGAAGUCAGUACAGUAUUAUAGUUCUUCAGCCAGAAGAUUGCGAAGUUUUACUAGUUCAGUCGCAAGAAUGCGGCAUGGAGAUGAUUAAGAAAUAUCACUAUUCUUAUGUUGUCAAUGCUGUGUUGCAAUCAUAAACUGAAAAAAAAUAUUAGACGGAAAUACGUUUCUUGUAUCAAUAACAGAUAUCAAAUGUGAGAAACAUACGUGUCACUUUUUCAUGUUUUUCAUCCUGAGAAAUACAAACAAAAAAUCAUGCAAGCUUCGAUGGAAGCACGUAAAUGAUAAACUUAAAUAAAAAGAAGAAAGUUUACGUAAAGAUGAAAAUAAACUAACCAGUAAUAUUUUAGGAAUUAUUUAA